UACAAAUCGCCACUUUCUCUUCUCUUCCUUAAAGUUCGCGCCAAGGCAUUCCAAUCCCUAUACCAAUGUAUACUAUUGUAAGACAAAGAUGGAGGACCUCCGCCCACUUUCAUAUAUUAUCAUCUCGCUGCUCUAUAUCCUCGCCAUGAUUACCAUCGCCAUGCGAAUAUGGGUUCGAGGUUAUUCCAUGAAGUCCUUUGGCUGGGACGACUGGGCCAUGGCGUCUUUAUUGAUUUUCUUUUCUUUCCAACAAGCUCUCCUGUAUUUUUUUCUCGAAUUUGGUGCCGGGAUGCAUAUCACACAAGUCAUGCAAGAUCAUCCCGAGUGGAUGACGAUACUUCUCAAGGGCCUGCUGCUUGAAGAAUAUUGGUACGUCUUCAUGCAAUUUGCUGUCAAGAUGUGCUUUCUUCUGUUCUUCUUUCGGCUAUCUGAAACGCAGCUAUUUUUGCAAUUUCUUUGGGCCAUAAUUGGAUUCCAUAUGCUGUCUACGAUAGCCAUUUGGCUUCUUUAUUCAUUACAGUGCCGUCCUUUGCAGGCUUUCUAUGCCCCAGAAUUAUAUCCAGACGCCAAAUGCCUGAGUACUACCAUAACAUAUUUCGUUCCUUAUUCUCUCAAUUUGUUUGUCGAUGUUUGCAUACUAUUUCUCCCGCUCCCGACUAUUUGGACAUUGCAAAUGUCCCUAAAAAGACGAGUCGCUGUACUUGUUGUACUGACAACGGGUGGCUCUGCUGUCCUUAUCGGUGGUCUACGUGCAAUUAUUCUCAUUGAGUUCUCAAAAUCACCCGAUUUUACAUACUCUUUAGGGAAAAUGGUCAUCAUUAGCAGUGCUGAGAUGUCCAUUGGAAUCAUUGCCGCCAAUAUGCCCGCUCUGAAAGCUUUCUGGAGCUGCUGGCGACAAAAUAAGUUGGGAGUUGGCAAAGCCACUGAUCUCACUGGCAGCAACAGUGCUGCCGUCAACAACUCAAAGGCAGCGUAUAAAGGUGCAAUCGAAAUGAAUUCGAACGGAACGUCAGCCAAAAAUGAUACGAAGAUCAAUAAGAGUUAUACCGAUGGUUUACUACCAACGGAGAGCGAGGAACAACUGUGCGAUAAUUGA